CCCCCUCCAGCAGCCUUAUCUCUACCCCGCACGCAGCGCUGCCUAUCGGACAGCUGUAACCACGCUGCUGGCCCUGGCGGUGAUGCGGGAGCAGCUGAUCCCUGUGUGCUUCCCCGGGCACGCAGCCGUGGCACGAGUUGCUAUCCGAGCCGUGCUCGGCAUCCUAAUGGAGUGUAAGCAGCUCGUGACGCGGGGGGAGAAGUGACAGCGCUGCCGUUCCUGCUGUCCUUGUGCCGGCUGUGCCUGUACGGAGUGUUCCUGCCUUUAGCACUGAAGGCUUCCUGCACCCAUUCUUUCUCUUCUUUCCCAGCACUGCUGCCCACCCGCCCACCUCCCCCCGCUUCCCCGGUGCAGGUUAUAGGGCUGCUGCUGCCAUGGGGCUCCCACCAAGAGAGUUCUGUGCCCCCCCACUGUCACCCUGCCUGAGCCAGCCAUAGAGGCACAAAGCAGCUGCAGGCAGCGUGUCUGCAGCCUCCUGAUGCCAUCUGCUGUUGGAGCGCUGUGCAAAGCUUCUAGCAGCAAGCUUGCAUGGAAACGCCCUUGUGCUUCCCCCAAAAAAUGCUCCUCGUGACUGAUUUGCAGCAACAUGGCACAGGCUGAGCCCAUGUCCUGACAUGCCUGCAGCCAGCUCAGUCCUGCCCUGCCCAGCCUGGUGUUCUGCACCCUGCCAGCUUGUCACGGGUGUCCUCCAGGUGCCACUAUGAGCACUGCAGCCAGGUCACACUGGAACAGCCAGGGAAAGGUUCCUGCAGGCAGUGCUGGCAGGUGUGGGAUGGGGCAGGGUGCGCAGUGUUGCAGGCAGGUGGGACUUUGCUCCCUGGGAGGAGAGAGUGGAAGAGUGUAUCAGGAACCAGGUGGGGUUGCACUGAUGUGGGCAGGGAGGCUCCUGCCCCUGCAGUAGGGUUCCUCAUCCCCAGUGGCCCUUCCAGUGGAGCCAGGUGUCAGGGCGUGCUGCACAUUAGGUGCUUUCUGUUUGGCCUUUGCAGGGAAGUGCUGCUGCAGUCCUGGAGCUGUGUGCUGGAGCACAGGCUUGGAGGAUUCUCUGCCAAGUGCUUCGUUUGAUUCCUCCCUAAGCAGUUUUAGAUACUGCCCACAGCUUGAGUGUGGGCUUCCUGUGACCACGAGGCUUGCCUUGAAUGUGGUCACUGAGGAAAUUCUCUUUUGUGAUUCACUUGUCCUCUCUGCCAGACCCACCUCCUGCUGAUGGGGCAAAGCAAGCAGGCUCAUAGCAGCCUCCAGCCUAAAACACAUUGCCACCUGCAGCUUAUUUCCAACAAGGUCACCCUUAUGCUUCUCCUGAGAUAAUGCAUCCAAACCUGAUCCAGAACUCCCUGAAAGCCCAAUUCUAGUGUUGGCCACAUCACCAUGCACAGCCAUCCAGCAAGCUUGUGCUCCCUGCAUCACUGCACUGGCUCUUCCCUGAUAAAGCAGAGUGGUGCCUGCUCAUUUUCACACUUCUGUUCACAUUUGGUCCCGGGGCAUCCUGCAGGUGAAGGAUCUUUGGAUCUUUGCACCAUCUGGAGCAUUCUGCAGGGCCUGGUUUGUGCAGAGCUAGUGAUACCUGUGUGUUCUGAGCUUACCCAGGGCUGAGCAUGCCUUGCAAAGAGUUGCUUUGCUUUCUUGGGCAGUGCUCAGAGAUGCUUCCUGCCCCCCCAUGGUCUGGUAUAAGCCACUUCUGCUGGGCUAAGUGGCAUUUGGGUGUUCUGGGAAUGGCUCUGCUUGCCAAAACUAAUACUGCAAAGAAAGCAGCUGAUAUCCAGGAAGGGCUAUUUCUUCAGCUGGAAAGAGCUUCCUCUAUUUUGUUUUGAUGUAGAACAACAAAGCAAGCACCAUGGCACUGCUUUAAAUGCCCCCCCCUGGGGAUGGAGGGGUUCAGUGCAGUCAUGCAGCAGGAAUGCUGCUGGAAAGGGUGUGUUUGUCUUCAGGAACACAAAACACUUCAAAUUCAAGGGGUGUUUGCUGAUAACUGUGUAAGCCAGAAGGGCUGUGCCAGUGCUGCUUGUCCCCAGCAUACAGGUGCCGGAUCGAGGUGUGCUCAGGGCUGCAGAACUGUCCUGCCUGCACCAGGAGCAUCUUGCAGCCAUCAGGGCUUUGCUAUUGAAUCUUUCUUUCAUGUUCUGGAGCAGCAAUGUUCCUGACCUGACCCGGGAGCACCACAGUCACAGAGCAGAAGCCAAGGACACAGCAGGUUGUGGCACAGCUCCCGCUGAGCUGCAGCUCACGAGGCUUUGCUGUGUUGUGAGCUGCCCCAGGGAGCCUCCAGCAGGAGGAAAGGACUUUGUUUGUGCUUCCAGCAACUUCUAAUCCCUGUCACAGGGUUCCCACGUGGGUGCUACCUGCCCAAGUUCCCUGGUGAGGCUUCUGUGCUGGUGGCAUGGCCAGUUUGGGGCAGUGAUGCUGGGGUAGUGCCAAGCAGAGAUCUCCUGGGAGGAGAUGGCUCUCCUGCAUCAGACCCCUGGGGCUCAUGCAUCAGACCCCUGUCUGUGGGCUGGGUGUAGGGGGGCAGCGAGGAGGCUUAGCUGCUUGAGCUCCAGCAGGAACUCAUGACUUGGGCACCAGCCCAAGCUGUCAGUUCCCUGCUCUCUGUGACAAAGGGCUCAGGCUUGAAAUUACAUCCAAGUUGGCUGGGGCUGGGGCUGAGCUUUGUUUGUAAGCGGUUGGCUGGUGCUGACGUGCCGUGGAGUGGGGCAGCUGAGUGGCAGUGGGGCUGCGGGACCCAUGGCUUGGUGCAACCCUCUCUACUCAAGCUCUUUGCUUUAUGGUCUGGUGUUGGGGUGAGGUUUGGUGCUCCCACAGUUUGAGGGCCAUAGAGAUCAUGGAAUUGUUAAGGUUGGGAAAGAUCACUAAGAUCCCCAAGUUCAACCCCAACUCCUCCCCCCUCUCCCUCGCCAUGCCCACUGCCCACGUCCCUCAGUGCCACAUCUCCACGGUUCUGGAGCACCUCCAGGGAUGGUGACCACACCACUCCAUGGGCAGCUGUGCCAGUGCAUCACUGCUCUUUUGGAGAAGAAAUGUUUCCUGAUAUCCAACCUGAUGGCACACCCAGCCCCACCAUGGAUGGCCCUGUCCUUGCCACGUGCUGUGCAUCCCCAACCACAGUGGGCUGGGAUGCGCCAAUGUCCAGAGCAUCUUCCCUGUCUGCUCCUUAGGAAAUGUUGUCUUGGGUAUUGAAGUCUCUUUGCUUUCCGUGAGAGGAUUUGGGGCACCUGAACUGCCAGCAGAGUGGUACCAAUGGGAUGGUGAGGGAAGAACAGGGCGUAGUGCCAGGCCUUGGGGCUGCCCUGGCAGGGUGCUGCUGGACUUGUCCUCACCUUCCCUGUUUCUCUUCUUAGCUCCUGCACCUCUGCAGCCGAGAAGGAGCCAGGAGGAGCAGAACGGAGGGAGAAGCAGUUCCGUGCCCAUCGUGGCUUUGGGGAUCGCCGUGAUGGAGUCAUCAGUGCACGCACCUAUUUCUAUGCCGAUGAGGCCAAGUGUGAUCAGCACAUGGAGACCUUCCUGCACUGCAUCGAUGCAUCAAGUGGCAGCUCAGAGGACGGCUUCUCAGCCAUCAAGCUGACAGCGCUGGGUAGACCUCAGUUCCUGCUGCAGUUCUCAGAGGUGCUGGUGAAGUGGCGGCGGUUCUUCCACCAAAUGGCUGCAGAGCAGGGCCAGGGUGGGCGGGCAGCGCUGGAGAUGAGGCUGGAGGUGGAGAAGUUGCAGGAGGCCCUGGCCAAGCUCGGCAUCGCGACCAAGGCGGAGAGCCAGCACUGGUUCACGGGCGAGAACGUGGGUGAGAGUGGAACUGUGGAUCUUCUGGACUGGAACAGCCUGAUCGACAGCCGCACCAAGCUCUCCAAGCUGCUGCUCAUCCCCAAUAUCAAGACCAGGCAGCUGGAGCCUCUGCUCUCACACUUCACCGAGGAGGAGGAACUGCAGAUGAAACGGAUGCUGCAGCGGAUGGACGUCCUUGCCAAGAGAGCCACGGAGACGGGCGUGAGGCUGAUGGUGGAUGCAGAGCAGAGCUACUUCCAGCCAGCCAUCAGCCGUCUCACCCUGGAGAUGCAGCGCCGCUUCAACAGGGAGCGGGCCGUCAUCUUCAACACCCACCAGUGCUACCUGAAGGAAGCUUAUGAUAAUGUGAGCGUGGACGUGGAGCUGUCGCGCCGGGAAGGCUGGCACUUUGGCACCAAGCUGGUCCGUGGAGCCUACAUGGAUCAGGAGAGGGAGAGAGCAGCAAAGAUUGGCUACGAGGAUCCCAUCAACCCCACCUAUGAGAAGACCAAUGAGAUGUACCACAGGUGCCUGGACUAUGUGCUGGAGGAGAUCAAGCACAGCCGGAAAGCCAACGUCAUGGUGGCAACUCACAAUGAGGACACAGUCAAGUUUACCUUGCGCAGGCUUGGCUUGCAGGAUGAUGGAGCUUGGGAUCCAUCCUUCAGAGAAGAAGGUCUGCUUUGGGCAGUUGCUGGGCAUGUGUGACCAGAUCACCUUCCCCCUGGGUCAGGCUGGCUUCCCUGUCUACAAGUACGUCCCCUACGGCCCAGUGGAUGAGGUGCUGCCAUACCUGUCCCGCCGUGCCCAGGAGAACAGGGGCUUCAUGCAGAGAGCCAACAAGGAGCGGGACCUGCUCUGGAGGG